GUUGUUUAGUGUUGAGAUUACGUUAUUGACAAAUCUUCCAGAACAGGAAACAUGGCUGGAACGUGAUAGCUGAUAACCUCAUGUUGGAUAACCUUGACCGCAUGUGUAGCAUUUGUGCACACGGCCCGAAACUGUAAACAAUCAAAUAUACAGCCAGCCAAUGAGUCCCUAUCGUGAGCCCGGCAAAAGACCUAGCAUCUAGCCAGAGGACGGCUCACUGCUUGUCGCUGCAACAUCACUCCCUCACUCUUUUUUUAGUUUCGCCAAGUAACAAGUAUCAGGACGAUGCCGGACUCAUUAGAUUCCACCAGUGGCAUGCCUAUUUACUGUAAGGCAGCUGUGGCAUGGGAGCCUUCUGAACCAUUAAAGAUUGAAACCGUAGAGGUUGGUGUGCCUCAGGCGGGAGAGGUGCGAAUAAAGGUUCUGUUCACCGGUGUAUGCCACACAGACUCCACUACCCUAGAAGGCCUUGACCCAGAAGGGGUGUUCCCCUGCAUCCUUGGUCAUGAGGGUGCUGGAAUUGUAGAAAGCGUGGGACCUGGCGUAACUGGCUUUAAGACAGGAGAUCAUGUGAUUCCCCUGUACAUUCCGCAGUGCAGGGAGUGCAAGUUCUGCAAGCACCCAAAGACAAACCUUUGUUCUAAAAUAAGAGGAACACAGGGUCGUGGUGUGAUGCCUGACGGCACCACUAGGUUCACGUGUAAGGACACCAAGAUCUUCCACUUCAUGGGGACUAGCACAUUCAGCGAGUACACUGUCGUUGCUGCGAUAUCGCUGUGUAAGAUAAACCCUGCUGCGCCAUUGGACAAAGUUUGCCUCCUUGGAUGCGCUGUUUCCACAGGUUAUGGGGCGGCCUUAAAUGCUGUGGACAUUAAAAAAGACAGCACGGUUGCCAUAUGGGGCCUGGGAGCUGUCGGACUUUCAGUGGCAAUGGGUGCAAAGCAGAAGGGUGCGAAGACCAUCAUUGGUAUAGAUAUUAAUGAAGACAAGUUUGCCAAAGCUAAGUUGUUUGGUUGCACGGAAUUUGUGAAUCCGAAAAAGUUGGACCAGCCUAUUGCGGCUCAUCUGAUACAGAAGACGGACGGGGGCUUGGACUUCACAUUUGAGUGCAUUGGAAAUGUCCAAACUAUGAGGGAUGCUUUGGAGUCAUGCCACAAAGGCUGGGGAGAAUCUGUCAUUCUCGGUGUCGCAGCAAGUGGUAAAGAAAUUUCUACAAGGCCAUUUCAGUUGGUGACUGGUCGUGUUUGGCGAGGAUGUGCUUUUGGAGGGUGGAAGAGUGUGGACAGUGUCCCCAAACUAGUCGAUCUUUAUAUGAAAAAAGGGAUCAUGCUCGAUGAGUUUAUCACGCACACAGUAAAGAUUGAAGAAGUCGCUGAAGCCUUCAACCUGAUGUAUGCAGGCACUGCUGUCAGGACAGUGGUCAGCUUCUGAAGGAAUUUCGGUAUGAAGCUCCAGUUUUCACUAUCCCCUUUCCUAACAUUUAUUCAAAUAAAUGCUCCUUGUUGCUAUA